ACAGUCACAGGUCACCGGUAUCCUGUCGUUGACGGGAGGAGGAGGAACACCGGCUGAACCAGCGUCCAUUGCGACAGGAUCUUUAAUCGGCAUCUGAGAACUCCCUUCGUUUAUUUUCUGUUUGUGUUAACAGAUCGAUAUGGCCAGGAAGAGAGGAAACCGUGAGACUGAGAGUAAUCCUCUGGUAGAAGAACAUAGGCCCUCGAAAGGGACCCAGUCACCAGGAGGAGCAUCAGCGCGCAUGUCAAUCCUCAUCCUCGUCUCCACAUUUGCAUGUUCUGCGUGUGUCAUGUAUCUGCUUUUCAAAAAUUUCCCAGAGCUGAGCGAAGAUGAAAGGGGAAAGAUCAAAAUUCCAAAAGACAUGGACGACGCCAAGGCGUUGGGCACAGUGCUGUCCAAAUACAAGGACACUUAUUACACACAAGUACUUUUAGCGUACUUUGCUACAUAUAUCUUCCUUCAGACGUUUGCCAUCCCAGGCUCCAUUUUUCUCAGUAUUCUAUCGGGAUAUCUCUACCCGUUUCCUCUAGCUCUCUUCCUGGUCUGUCUGUGUUCGGGCCUUGGAGCGUCUUUUUGCUAUAUGCUGUCUUAUUUAGUCGGGAGACCGAUGGUCUACAAGUACCUCACAGAGAGAGCGCAGAAAUGGUCACAACAGGUAGACAAGCACAGAGACCACCUCAUUAAUUACAUCAUUUUUCUGAGAAUAACACCGUUUCUUCCAAACUGGUUCAUCAACAUCACCUCGCCAGUCAUUAAUGUGCCUCUUGGUGUCUUCUUCCUGGGCACAUUUCUUGGAGUAGCCCCUCCAUCCUUUGUGGCGAUAAACGCAGGGACGACGCUGUAUAAGUUGACCACAGCUGGAGAGGCAGUGUCCUGGAACUCUCUCCUCGUGUUGGGUGUUUUGGCUGUUGUCUCCAUCCUGCCUGUCUGCUUUCAGAAGAAACUCCAGCAGAAGCUUGAUUAGACAUCACCAGCCCUUCUUGUUCCAGCUCAGGAAUGAUACAGCGGUUGACCUCUAAGGCCAACUUCUCUGUUUUUCGACUCUUCUUUUAUGCAUGCACCACAAAUCUUAAUUCCUUCAUGUGACAGGUGAUGGCCAACCAGUCCGUCAGUGAUCUAGACUCUUUAUUUUUCUCUGCAUUUCAAGGGAUGAAAAGUCUCCCAUCACUAACUCCCUCUAGCAUUAAGCAAUAUUUUCCAUGUCAGUGUCUUCAAAGGUUUUAAACUCCCUAAUAUUUUUCUAAACAACAGCAAUGUUCUUUUUAAAAUUCUAGGGGAAGAGUCCUGUAAUUUGUACAAUACACUGGAAAAAGCAGAUUUUCAUUCCCUCAGUUGCUGAGAUCAAAUAGGAAGUGCCAUUUAAACUUUCUUUGGUCUCACACCCAAUUUAAUAAUCAAACGUGUUUGAGAAUGAGGUAUUACAUGCAUCAGAAACCAUUCAAGGGUUAGCUUUUUAACAACAGACUUGAUUUUCUGUUUUUCUUUAUGUGACGGUUUAUUUUCUAAUUCUAAUCUUAAUUUUAAUGCCUGUUAAAACUGCAGUUGUGGUCUCAAUAUUGGUGAUCUACCAACAGAGCCCUGUGUUCUGCUGCUGACUCUAGGUGAUAGUGCUAAGCUAAAUUUGACCCUAACCAAUUUGUAAAAUUGGACGAUGCCACAUUAGUAUUAGAGAUCAAAUCUGUGGAUUGAAUUUGUUUAGAUUGGUACUGCCUUAACUAGAAAUUAUAAAGGUCAAAUUUGCAGCUAAGGGUCUGAUGCUACUCAUACAACUGAACCAUUAGCACCCAGUUUGACAUUUCAAACACAUCGCCUGUUUGUUGAUGGCAUAUUUUAGUCUCUUUACACGGGAAUGCAACUUUUUGAAAUAGUCAAAAUGCCAAAUGAUUUUGAGCUUCUUGAAAUAGUUCUUAGUAUAACGUAAGGCCAUAGGAGUUCGGCCUAUUCGUAGGUAAUAAUUUUCAUUCAAAUCACAAAACAGAGGGAAGUAUUAAAUCUGAGCCUUAGUUUGGUUAUCUGGAAAUGCAAGAGAUUUAUAACUGUUAAAGUCGGUUACCUAGACCUAGUUAAGCCAAGCCAUUGUAAAAGAUUUUGAAUGGAAUAUUUCUAUUUAACUAAUGCAACUUAGUGUAACUUUAUGCAGUGUGGAAUCUUCCCGCUGCAGUUAAAGGGACAGUUCACCCAAAAAUGAAAAAUCUCUCAUCAUUAACUCGCCCUAAUAACGUCCCAUAUGUGUAUGAAGUAUUGUAUUUGCUGAACACAAAUUAUUAUUAUUAUUAUUAUUAUUAUUUAUUUAAGAAUAUCUCCGCUCUGUUGGUUCACACAAUGCAAGUGAAUGGUGACCAAAACAUUGAACCUCCAAAAGCAAAUAAAGACAGCAGAAAAGUAAUCCAAAAGACUCAAGUGGUUUAAUCCAUGUCUUCAGAAGUGAUAUUGCAGGUGUGGAAGAGAAUAAGAUCUAUUUAGAAGUCCUUUUUUUACUACUUCUUGUGUUUUUGGCGAUUCACAUUCUUUGUGUAUGUCGCCACCUACUGGCAGGGAGGAGAAUUUAUAGCAAAAUAAUUAAUUAUUGAUCUGUUUCUCAACCACAUGUAUCAUAUCACUUCUGAAGACAUGGAUUAAACCACUGGAGAUUUAUGGAUUAUUUUUGUGCUGCAUUUGUGUGCUUUUUGCACCUUCAAAUUGUUGGUACCCAUUUACUUUCUUUGUGAGGAGUUAUUCUUCAAAAAGUUUUUGAUUCAUUUAAUCAGCAUUAUUAUGCUUUGUUUGUGUUCUGUGGAAGUGAGGCAGUCAUACACAUCUGGGAUGGCAUGAGGGUGAGUAAAUAAUGAGAGAAUUUUCAUUUUUGGGUGAACCGUCCCUUUAAACAGCCUUUGAGUAACACAAAUCAGUCUUAAGCUAUUUUGGUUUUACUUUUGUCUAAUAGCUAAGGUAAAAUAUGCUGUAUUUUAUUUCAUUUUAUUUUUUGCUUUUGAAUACCUGAAAACCAUAUCUGUGAGACAUUGUAUCAUACAAAAUGGGUUGUAAAGUUCAAUACAGCUUUAAGUUGGGAAUGGGCAUGAGGUUAAAUGAACAUUGUUUGCACUGAAAUGUGUGCGAUGAGGGAUUGUUGUUAUACCUGAUGGCCUACCAUUACUCUGAUACAUAAUUUGAUUUGUUCUCUUGUAAUAUCUGCUGUCUCUUUCAUACAUGUCAUUGAGUUUGUCAUCUUUAAAUGUUCCAAGUACCUCAGAAAGCUCUUGAGUAGAACAAGAACUGAGAGAGCGGAUGUUACUGAGUUAUGCGUUAGUUCUGCAACAGUUUCAAGUUGCAAACAAACUGUAUUUGCUGAUGAUGAUGAUGAUGAUUGUUUGUUUAUUGAUAAUCUGUCCUGAUUGCAAUUUCCUAAAUUCUAACCUGCUUUUUCUCUGGCAUAUUUUUACAGAGAUGUCUUUAUCUAUAAAUGAUGGCUACUGAUCACAGUAUUACAUAACAUUUAAUUGAAAAUGUUUUGUUUUGUCCAGUAUUUAAAAAAAAAAAUAAUCUAUUCAUCGAUCUCUUUCUAACUUCUUGGCACAUAAAAUAUUAAGAUAUUUAUUAUGGGAUGAUUAAACACAUGUAUAACAUUUGCCUCUUCUGAAUUUGCUCAAUUUCAACUAAAUCGUAGUUGUGUUUGUUCAUGUUUGCUCUGUUUUUAUUGUAA